AUGUUGGAGCAGCGCUGCCAUCGCCAUGCUGACUGCGGUGCCCAAAGCUACUGCCACAAUUCGGAUGACGGGCGGACUUUCACGUGCAAGCGUUGUGCACAGUGGAACUCGCUCAGGCUGUCCACCUCCGUCACCAAUAUGGUGCCGCCUGCGUGCAUGGCUCUGGAGCGGGAGCGUGGGAUCGAGCGUGGCCCGUGUGAGGAGCUCUUCGCCAGCGCUUGCCUCUUCAAGAACGAAUCCUUUCAAAUUACACGACGGGGACACGAAGACAAGCAGGAGCGGUUACUAUUGGGGUUGCUGCGGUCUCUGCGUGCGGUCAAGACGACACUGCCCGUGCAUACCAUGAUCUUUGACGGCACCCUCCAGAAGCCAAGCCUGCUGCGCCUUCGCCGGCUCGGGACACGCGUGCUGCCGAUUGCACUUGACGCCUUUCGGCCUCCGCCUUGGGCCAUGGUCAAACGGCGCGGGACUUUUGCCAAAUUGGCACUGCUGACGCUCACGCAGUUUGAGGUCGUGGUUUGGCUCGACAAUGACUGCAGGGCCGUGCGGAAUAUCGACAGCCUCGCGCUCGCGCCCACGCCCGCAUUCGUCUUUGCGUCGCAGGACUUUGGGCUCAACUCGGGCGUCAUGGUGAUUCGACCGAGCCUCAACGAUUCCGCACAAGUCCUCCAGCUCCUUGCGCAGCCGGCACCGCCCAAGCAGUGGCGCUGGACCAAAGGCUUUGAUUGGCCGGUGUAUCAUGCCUGGCGCGAGGGAGGCGGUGGCGCUACGGACCAGGAGCUGUGGACGGCCUUGUUCAAUGCCAAAGCCAUGGCUGAUGGCAGCGCGGUGUACGAGCUGCCAACGGGUUUCAAUUUCCGCUGGUUUUGGCAGAUGUCGCACGCGGAGCGCUGCAAAGUCUCGAUCGAGCGUCCUAUGAAUCUAAAAUCUGAGGAUUCAGGAUUGAGGCAUCGCUUCAGUGAGGCCAAAGUGAGUUUAUGGAUGUGUGAGAGCGGACGGGUCGGCCCGGAGUAUCAGAGUAGCCGUCGAGUGGUCGCGGCGAGCAGCGCCGGCCACUCCGGCGCCGCGUCGGCAACAUGGGAGCAUGUCCACCGCCACUUCGCGGUCGCAGCGCUGUUUGUCGCCCGAAACGCCGCAUAUCCCUCUGGCGGGCCAAAGAUCGACUCGCAUGUCGAUUUCGACUUGACGGCAGCACAUGGAGGCAUCACAGUCAAGUGA